AUGAAAAUACUCAUAUCCAAACAACAAGGUAGAAGUAUAGCGAUAGUUUCAGAAUCGUAUGGAUUAUUAUUUAGACCAAUUGGUGAUAAAAUCUCCCGAAAAUCUACAUGUGCCGUGGAAUUCAUACCGAAAGCUGACUUGAGCAGUCAUGGUUUCCAAAGACUCUCCAGCCAUGAAAUAUUCGGGUUCAUUGGUCUUAUUGAACUUGAAGGUCUUAUAUUUAUAGCGACUAUUACCGGGAAAUCUAAAACGGCCCAACCGAUUCCUAAUAAGACCGUCAACAAAAUAUAUGCUGUGGACUUUUUUUGUUUAAACAAUUCCAAAUGGGAUUUCCAGGACAUUGAUUCUUCUGGCUAUCCAAUUAUGACCAACGAUGGAGAUUUUGAACCACGCUCACGUACCAAUGCCUCCAUACGGUCAUCUAGAUCAUCGCUGCAUUCUUCUUCCUCGAGUAGCUUGAACCGCCAAGAUCAAGUUCCUAAGCAUCCAUGCUACGAAUUGAGAAAACUACUGUCGAAUGGUUCCUUUUAUUAUAGCACAGAUUUCGACCUGACUUGUACGUUGCAGAAACGUGGAUUCACUGAACAUUCUUUGAGUUUUGAUGAUUUCGAUAGGGAGUUUAUGUGGAACUCGUUUCUCAUGGAUGAUAUUAUCACAUACAGAGAUAGGUUAGAUGUGAUAACUAAGCAACUCUUGGACGAACAAGGAUUCCUCACAACGGUAAUCCGAGGAUUUGCCGAAACAGUUUUCAGCUACAUCAAUAAGUUAAAAGUGGGGCUUACUAUCAUUUCAAGACAAAGUUGGAAAAGGGCAGGUACGAGAUUCAAUGCACGUGGUAUAGAUGACGAAGGCUACGUAGCGAAUUUCGUUGAAACCGAAAUGAUUAUGUAUUCUUCUCAGUAUUGUUAUGCUUUCACACAGAUAAGAGGAAGCGUCCCAGUUUUUUGGGAACAAGACACAUCAUUGAUAAGUCCAAAGAUUCAAAUUACUAGAUCCAUAGAGGCUACUCAACCCACGUUUGAUGAACACUUUAUGAGAUUAUUCAGAAAAUACGGGCCUGUUCAUAUAAUCAAUUUAUUAUCAUCGAAGUCCUCGGAGCUUCAAUUAUCGAGGAGGUAUAGGGAGCAUUUGAAGAACUCUGAUAAGAUGAAAAUUGGAAGAGAUGUGUUCUUAACGGAUUUUGACUUCCAUAGAGAAAUUUAUCAAGAUGGGUUCUCAGCGGCAAAAAAGAUUAUCCCCAAAAUAAAAGACUCAAUCAUGGCUGCAGGCUAUUUUUCGUACGACGUGAAAGAAGGGCGAUUGAUAUCUGAACAGGAUGGUAUCUUCAGAACUAACUGUUUGGAUUGUUUAGAUAGAACCAAUCUGAUUCAGCAGACAAUCUCUUUAUCAGCAUUCAGAUUAUUUUUGGAAGAUUUUAGAUUAAUUAGGCCCAAUAUUCUCACAAACUUUAGCGAAUUCGUGCAAAAGGAGAACGUUUUAUGGGCUGAUCAUGGAGAUCAGAUAUCACAGAUUUACACCGGUACAAACGCUCUAAAAUCUUCCUAUUCCAGAAAAGGUAAAAUGUCUCUAUCUGGUGCUCUUUCAGACGCCACAAAGUCCGUCAGUAGAAUGUACAUUAAUAAUUUUGUGGACAAAGGAAAGCAGCAAAAUAUUGACACGCUUUUGGGGAGGUUACCGCAUCAACAAGCUGUCGAACUGUAUGAUCCAAUUUGUGAGUAUGUUAAUGAAAGGCUAUUGGAACUAGAAGACGAAUUCACCACUUGUUCUAAUGUAAAUCUGCUUAUUGGUACAUUUAAUGUCAAUGGUAACUCUAGAAGAGCGGACUUAUCAGAGUGGUUAUUUCCAAUCGGCGACAAAUUCAAGCCAGACAUUGUCGUGCUAGGGUUGCAAGAGGUUAUCGAAUUGACUGCAGGAUCUAUCUUAAAUGCGGAUUAUACGAAAAGCUCUUUUUGGGAAACUAUGGUUACCGACUGUUUAAACCAAUACGAAGAAAAGUAUCUUCUACUUAGAGUGGAACAAAUGUCCUCUCUCUUGAUAUUGUUCUUUGUAAAAUCUGAUAAGGCCCAUAACGUGAAACAAGUAGGGGGAUCUACUAAAAAGACAGGUUUCGGCGGCAUCACUGGUAACAAAGGUGCGGUGGCUAUUAGAUUUGAUUACGGGGCAACGUCUUUCUGUUUCGUCAAUACCCAUUUAUCAGCAGGUGCAAAUAACAUUGACGAACGUCGUCAUGACUACAACAAUAUUUACAGGAAUAUAACAUUUCCAAGGUCUAAAACGAUACCUCAUCACGAUUCAUUGUUUUGGUUAGGUGAUUUAAAUUACAGAAUAACCUUAGUAAACGAUGAAGUAAGAAGGGAACUGAGGACUCAGGAAGAUGGCUAUAUUGGCAAAUUACUUCAAUAUGAUCAACUAACUCAAGAAAUAAACGAAGGUGUAGUAUUUCAAGAGUUUAAAGAACCAACCGUUCAAUUUCGCCCUACCUAUAAAUAUGAUUAUGGAACUGAUAAUUACGAUACUUCUGAAAAGGCAAGAACGCCAUCCUGGACUGAUAGGAUUAUCUAUAAAGGUCAGAACCUGCAUCCAUUAGCAUAUUCAGACGCACCUUUGAGAAUAAGCGAUCAUAAACCAGUUUAUGCUGCGUAUAGAGCAGACGUGAAUUUCAUCAAUGAGGAUAAAAAACGUGAUCUAGUUGAGAAAUUAUAUGCGGAAUACAAAAAGACAUAUCCCGAAGGAUCAAUAAAGGAUUUUAAAAAAUCACAUAAUAUAAAAGCUGAGAUUCAAAAGAAAAGCAUACCUUUGGACGUAACUGUUCAAUCAGCUGGUAUAAAACUAAUUGACCUCGAUGACACAUCUUCAUGUGUUUCUCCUCCACUUCCCAUUUCGCGUUCUUCAAGGUCGAUUGCUGGCAAUGAAGGAUCUAGUUCAGAAGCACUCUUCGAGAAAAGUAAGCCCAAUGUUCCUCCACCGCCCAUUUCAAGAAAUAGUAAGGAAACUUCUCCUAAGCCGGUAAUAUCCGUAAAUGAGAUCCCUAUAACCGGAGUGUCGUCGCAUAAAGUUGAAGGUACUCUUACUGCCUUAGAGRGACAUGCUAUGCCCAAACCUCUACCCCCUCCACCUGUUUCAUCAAGGUCUGCCACUUCCUCAAAAAGUACAGCAUUAGUAGUCGAUCAUACAGAGACACCAGAGAGUAAGGAACCAAUUCCCCCUCCUUAUACACCAAGGAGAAGGAAGAGCAGCAUUUACUUGAAUGAAAGUGCCAUUUCCACCGAUAGCUCACGCCUAUCUUCAAGGUCAAAUACUCCGAAAAACGCAGAUGUUUCUCCAAAGGCCCCUACACAAUCUGAGAAACCACCAAUUGUCAAGAAGCCUGCUUAUCUAAGCGCUGCUGCUACUAAGGUUAACAAUAGCGAGGGAUGCUUAUCAAAAGUAACCUCAUCGGAUACAACAUCUGACGAGGAGGUCUCGUCGAAAAAGAAGUCUACACCUAAAGUACCUGCAAAAAACCCAGAAUUAGAGAAACUAAGCGUAGAUUCGUGGAAACCCCUUAAGCCUAGUUAG